AACAAAGGGAGCAAGAGCGUCAUGACGAUCUGAAGCGCGAGAUCAAUUCAACCACAUGUGAGUGCGAAUACAACCACCCCCGGGGCUACCGGACGUAUUUCUGCACUCGGUGUAGAAAGCAGAAUGACAUAUGGGACAUCAAACUACAUCACUACGAGAAGCUGUUACCGGACGAGGAGGUUAAGCAGCUUGCAAUCGUCUACGAACUCCGCGAGCCGGAAAUUCUGACGCUUCAGCGGGAAAGCUUAGCGCUUUUCGCGUCGACCGUGUGCGGCAUCGACUUGAACGAUGGGGGCCAAGUGGAGGGGACUUGGCUGUGCGAGGACAGGCUCCAGUUCAAGCGACGUCGUUCGGGAAAAGUCGAUCCGAAAAUUAAUCUGGGCUCCACCCGAAAGAAGCUCUCGCGGUCGCAUUACGGUCGUGCCAGCCACGUCACGGCGCAUGCAACAUUCGUCGUGAACCACGACUACCA